AAAAACAUCGAACAUGGAGGAAGGAUUCGACAUAAACUUGUGUAAAAUGAGGACACACUUUAAUCUUCAUCACAGCAAGGACCAUACCAUUGAAUAAAAUUUCAGCCAAGUAUGAGUGAACAACUGCCGUUGAGCCAUCCUUUCGAUCGGGAGGAGGAAACUUCUCUUCAACAACUAUUUACUGCGUUCUGCAAUCACCUAACCCUGGGUCAAUGGGAACUUGCUCGAGUGUGCUUGCGAGGCUUGUUCGAACAGCGCGACAAACUCGAGAAACCUUUGAAAGAGAUAAUGAGGGCAAUCAUUGAUCAACCACAUCAUGCAAGUUAUGGAUCGCGUUCUGUUCCAUCUCCAUUCCAUUUAUCAUGGUUAUGUUUGGUGGAAUAUCUGGAUCUUUUCACUGAUGAAGAGGACCAGAUUCCAGAGCCUAUUGUAAAGAAAGUGGAAUUUCGCCUUCUUCUCUACCUUGCUUGCCAGAAUGCCCCUCAAGUUGUGAUUCAAGAUAUAGAUGAUUACCACAGUCAAAUUGUUUACAGAGAUCCUGACCUUUUUGCCUCUGGGGUGUCUGACCUUCCCUCUUCCACUUUGUCAUACUUGAAACAGCUGCUAUCUGAAAGUCCUCAGUUUGGACAUGCUGUGAUUAAUGAUCUCACUUCCAAAGGGAAGGGCUUUUUGAAAAAUAACCAGCUCUUACAACAGUUAUAUUUAGACCUCAUCAACGAGCAAUUGAUGGCCUUAGACUCUGGAGCUGUAGAAGUUGAUGGUACCAGUACCACCUCUGUACCUAAAGAUGACAUGCCUGUAAAGUGUGCCACCAAAGAAUGUAAAUUCAUCUAUCAAAUGCUUUCCUACAUGGACCCAAGUCCUGAAAUGCUCAGCCUUUCCAAGUGUCUGGACGAUCUUUUCAGGAACCUCAUAAUUCGAAGUUCAAACGAGAGAGACACUAUUUUAGACAGAGGCAUUUUAUAUUCCUGCUUCCUCAGCCAGACAUCAACUUAUUUGAUGGAAAAGUUUUGUUUCAUUGAAAAUCAGAUGCGCUUUGCAGUGAAUGAUCGUUCAGAGUUACCAUUGUCAAGAGCAACAUUGCAAAGAUUCAAGCAACCAUCAGCAUUAGAUGGUCUCACUGUUAAUAUUUGUUAUGUUCAAUCCUUUAUGGAGGAUAGGAGAGAAGCCUGGAAAUUUCUGUUCUUCCAUGCUCUAAAUGGAAAUCAUAUUUUAGAGAACAUGAUGGAAACAGCUCUUGUCUUCAUAAGAGAAAGUGACUUUGCUAGGCUGACACAGCUUCUGUCUCCAGUGGAGUUUUCCAGACUCAAGCCACUUGUUCUCCUCUUGGGCUGGCCUUACUGCUACAGUUGUGAAAAUGCUAAGAAUCUACUGGAAGCUCUCUGGGACCCAGCGGAGAAGGCUGCCCAUCCAUCACUUCACCAAGCUUGUCAGAAACUGGCCUAUCAAGUCCAACUGGUUCAGUGGUGUACAGAGAAAGCUCGUCCCUUGCUGGCCUCGUCUGAACCAGGCUCAACUCGUCAUCAGCAAGCCUCAGAAAUGUUCCAAGGUCUGGAGUCACACUCCGUAUUACACGUGCUGCACAAGUCUAUCAGUUUGGCGCACCUUCCUGAAAAAGAAGUUUUUGAACUUUUGAGAAAGAGACCUGUUUUUACCCCUCUAAAGGAAGACGGAAAUGAACCCUCAGGCGAAGGCAGCGAGGAAAGAUUGGAUGAAAAAAAGACAGAAGGAGGAAGGGAAAAAGUUAGCAAAGAGGAUUUGGAUCAAAACUCUGAAAUUCAUCCUGAAGUGCAAAGAGAUGUCUUCCUGUACCAUAGUUACUGCGCACUUAGAAAUUUUAUGGAAGUUGUUACUUCCUCUGUGGAGACCUCUGGUGAACUAAGUUUAGAAACCAAACAAGUUCUGGGCGAAGGGAAAAGUGUUGAACCUUUCAAUUCGGGUGGAAGCGAGUAUUCCGAUACGAACUCAGAAGAGAGUUGUCCGGAGGAGAGGUAUUGCGGACAAGUUAGAAAUAAACUGGAUGCUGGGAAGUAUCAUUUAGCCCACGUUUACCCACUGACUUACAGAGUUGAAAUUCUGGAGAAUAUCUUCAGUCUUCUGUUUACAACUUACGAGGAUCUUUACGAGGGAAGAACCCAUCACAAUGAAAGUGAUGAUGUGGAAGCAAUGGAUGAAGAAACCAGGAGUUUGUCCAAAAGCAGUCGGACUGGAAGCUGGGAGAGCCUCGCCAGUUCCCUGGAUUUGUCGCUUGACGUUCAUGGGCCGCAUACCCCUGCGAAAGACCAGGAAAAGGCGGCUAGUUUAACAGGAUCACAGCCUCCAACUCCCGACACCCUAAGGCAGAAAAGUCCAACCGUGCUGUCAACUAUGGAUUCCCCUUCUCGUAGGCAGUUGUUUAAAAAUAACAGGGCCGAAUCCGAUUCAGCUCUGUUAAAGAAAUCGUCAGAUAGAGAAGCGAUAGCGCCUCCUGUAUCACCACCUGCGAGCAACACAGUCAGGGCAAGGCUGACAGAUGAGGAAUCAUACGGUGGUAAUUUAAUCUCUAGUAAAGGGUCGUCAAGAGCUGUUGUAGAGGAAGAGAACGAUCUGAAAUAUGAAUUUGUGAUUGAAGAUGCGACUGUACCAGACAUGUUGACAACAUUGAAAGAAUGUCUCAUGGAACUAAAUACGGCGAAGUUCAAUGAACUGAAGAAAGAAAAGUCAGAAUCAUUCACAACUCGCCAAGAUUUCCUCCAGACAUCCGUACCUCGCAAUUCCAUGGAGCAGCGUAUUUCACGACUAGGCCAAUUCAUCAAUGAGGCUCAGUGGAGAUUCCAGCUGGUGUCAUGGAAAAAUGCCUCGAAAGGUCAGACCACCAGGAAUUCCAAGAAAAGACUUUCUAGAAAAAUCAAGCAAAUUGUAAGAACGGAUGAAAAAUCUAAAGAAGAAGAUGCUGAGGAUGAGGAUUCAGAUGAUGUGGAUGGUGCAACUAUGUCAAGAAAAUCAGGACAGAAAGCAGCGGUCCCGAAAGAGACUUCUGGUGAAUCGAGCUCAAGCGUUCAUCUUAGCCAGGAUAUAUCAGCAGGAACGGAAAAUAACAAAGAGGUAACAAGAAGGAGGAAAAGCCGUCAUCGCCGGCUGACUUCUCGAACGUCUGCUUCAGAAGGUUGUACUUUACUCAUCAAAGAUGAUAGCGUCAUAGCACGCAUGCUCUCUUCUCCCGAUACGCUGAUAUACAUGUGCAUGAGAAAAGACAAUUACGAACGAGCGCUUCAAGUUAUAAAAAUGUUUAACAUGGCAGAGAAGCCCAGUGCGCAAGCUCUGGCUUUUGCAGAGAAGUACAGUAAAACUAUAAAACAUUUGGAAAGUUUACAACCCAAAGGUAGACGAGUCCAAAGCCAGGGCCUCUUUAAAUCUCGUAAACCUCUUGGGGGUCUGGGGGCGGUUGCCAUGGCAGCAGCCUCGGGUGCCAGCAAUUCAAUGGUUUCCAAUCUGAUUGACGAGCUGCUGGCAAUGCCGUCUUUGAGUGCGGUCCUAGACCCUAGUCUCACUCCAGAGAAUUUGGCGAACGGGAAUUCAACUUUGGUGAAGUUUAUGGAUCCGGAAAUGGUUCCGACGAUGCUAUGUGUAGAUCUGGCGAGUACAGCAGCUGUAUCCUGGUCCGUCUGCAAGACGCUGCUGGACAUGGGAAAGAGUCGCAUCACCGAAGAGCCACAUCCAUCUUCCUCCAAAUCAAGUGGAAUCCUCCGCGGUAUAAAACCAUUUAUGCAUCAACUAGAAGAGCUUUUGAAUCAAGAACUGUCGCGUGGUAAUGCCCAGGACCCGUCUGGUGGCAUCACCAUAUCCGUCACCCCUAAACCCAAUGCAGUGAACCUUCUUCUUGUCGGGACACAUCCCAUUCGGCCCAAGGACAUGGAGGCUCACAGAAAACUUAAUGCAUCUCAAGAAGAAUCUUUUAGACGGUUUGAGCAGGCGUUGGAAGAAGGUGAAACGCAGAUCAGAAGUGUGGAUGAGGUUGCCAAGCAACACCCAGGCCACAGGCACGUCGGCAGGCAGGCCUCGUUUAAUCUGAUGGAGAAGGGCCUGGCUGUGAGAGUCGCCAUGAUCGAGUUAAAGAAAGCGUUUGAUUGCAUUGAUAGUGCUAAUUACGUCACUACCGCAGGAGGAGGGGGCUUGGAACAGAGAUACGACUACAUAUCAAGUUUAGUUAAGCACGUAGAGACUUUGGCGACGCUUUUGCUGUUUUGGAAGUCAAAAGCGGGAGACUCUUCAUCGAGUGUUCCUCCAAAUAUCGAUCUAAAUCGGCCGGGUGCUCUGAAGGUUUCCAAUCCGUUUGUUGUGUUGAAUGAAGGCAUCGCGGAAACCCUCGGAAGACAUAUGUUUGAAAAAGACAUUUCUCCAGAAAGCUUGGAGCCUGUGGCAAGGCAAUUGCACGUGAAUCUCUCCAAGGUCAUCGUUUACAACUGCUGUCCGGCUGUGCCUUCACACGGGGGAAUCUCACGUAGAGACGUCCGCUGGCCAUCCUCUGACCUGGUUAUUUUGAAUACUGGGAGCAGAUGGACAGAGAAUGUUCGAGAUCCUAACACUGUCUCUAACGACUUGCUAUCCAGAAUGAUUAAACUUCUAAAAGAUGUGGCAGAGAAGAACGGCGAUGUGGUGGACUCAAACUCAGUAGCUAGUAUCACAAGGACGCCCGAGUUUCAAGCAAUUUCACGAGGUACUGCAGAGCUUCAGUGCGUGGAUCUUGACUCGCUCUCUUCAGAUGCCGCUAAAGUGUGCUUCUACCUUAACACGCUUAAUCUUCUGAUUGCGCAUGCGUCACUGAUCCAGUUUUCGGACAGCUCUGGGGAUGGUACAAGCGAAGCAGUACGCUCCAUUACCCGGCAUGCUUCAUUUUCUCGGCUCAUGGACGCAAUGUCAAGUUCUGGAGGAGAGGAGAAAGUCGGUGAUGCAGUUCCCCUGACUGCCCUAGAGAGGAUUGCAUUUCUUAAACAGCAGUGCUACUGCAUCGGUCAGCUGGGUGUGGUAAGUGCAUUCGACCUGCAGUUCGUUAUUUUACACAGAGGACUGGUACCGCCAAGCACAUUUGGAGAAGGUGUUGUCAUGUGUUUUCCAGAACGAUUUACAGAUAACGCUAAAAAGUACAAGCUGACUACCCCGGAAAGACGGGUCAUAUUCGCCAUCUGUGACGGCUGUGUCUCCUCUCCAAAGCUUCAGAGUUUCGAUGUAGAUGAACUAGAUGCCCAGCUCUCUAUCGCUGUGGUUUCAUAUAUCAAUUCCCGCGUAUCUUUGAACCAACAAACUGGACAGAUAACAUUGCCAGAAAUUCUUCAUUGGUACAGAAAGGACUUUGAAAUGAAAUCCAUGGAUGAUUUUAGUAAUGCCUCAGGUGCAGCGCCCGAUGUUUCUCUCUUGCUUCAGAUGGAGCCGUAUCUUUUUCCGGAUACUGCCGCUGUUCUUCAACAAAUGCUACCGAACAUCGCCGAAAUCACCUUCACGCCAUUUUGCUGGAGUUUCGGCUACAGAUUUGAUUCAGUGAUGCGCGAGCGUUCUUCUUCGGUAUCAAGCUUGCAGCGGUCUAAUUCUAUGCCGGAAAAUCUUCUUCUGAGCAUGGAGUUGUCUGUCCUUGCUCAAACAAGACUGGAAAAAGACGGGAAAAGAGGAUUGUUUAGCUUGAACGAAACAGCGCUUGAAUAUUUAGAGGAAAAAUCACCGCUAGUGGCCGCGUUAACGAGUUUGGUGUGUUCCUCUCCUGCAAAACUGAAUAUUUUAUCGGAAGAGAGAUCCCAGUUUUCAAAGGAGACCCUAGAAUCUGGAGUUGAUACAACCGACUUUCCUUUCCGAUUUGCUCUGGAGAAAACUGCAAACUUUCCGUGUCUCCAGCGAUACAUCGCCUCUAAGUUGUACACAAUAGCAGACAUGUUGACGCUUUCUCCAGCAGAUUCAAACGAGCAGGGUGGAAGCUUUGACAGUUAUGAUUUCAUCAAGUUAGAUCCAAACCUCCAAACUUUACAAGAUGGUAUGCGACCUCCGGACAUCUCUCUUUUCUCGGUAGCUUUGGCAUCCGAAGGGAGUUCCGCACUCCAGAAUGCUAUCCUCAAAGCGAGCGAUUUUUUCUUGCGCAAAGGCUACUUUGAAGAACUCUUGGAGUUAAUCUGUUCAUCGGAUCUUCGUGGUGAUGGAGUAGCAGGCCCUUCGAUUGAUUUCUUGUUGAGCUCGGCCGUUCUAAGUAAAGGAGGAACAAGAUCUAAUCUCCAGGAGAAACUCAGGAUAAUUUUCAAUCAACUUAAGAUUCCAGAGUUAAAAUUCGGUCAUGUUUUUAACAAAAAACUUUGGGUCCUCUUAACUCGAAUGAAAGAUCACGAUGAACUAACACGUCUCGUCCUCAGGAAGCUUAAAGAGUGGAAAGCUGAUACUUGCAUUGACUUGAUCGAUUUGUGUUUGUCUCGUUCGGUCAACGACGCUGCCCGAAGAAAUGACUUGGAGAGGAAAAGGAAAGAGAUAUCCUUGCAUCAAAAGAUUUCUCUGUGUGUGAAGUCGUUCAAGUUACAAGUGCCUGCAGAAGAGAGGGAAUCGUCUUCAGCCGGUCUGAAACGUUGGCAAGGCGUAGCGUCCAUGUCUGAGGAAAAUCCGUCUGUUGUUAUGGAGUUUUUGCUGUCCGCUCAACAGUUUGAUCUCGCAUCAGAGUGGGCUCAUCUACACAAUCUGCCGCCAAAGUUUCACAAGACCAUCACGGAAAGUCACCUGAAAUUCCUGCUUGGCAACAAUCCAGAGGAACAGAUGAAGGCGUACAAGAUCCUUGAAGGUGUCCAGGACUCAGAAAUGACGCACGACAUCUGCGAGUCACUCAUGGCGCAAAACCUACACGUCAGUCAAACAUUGUUUAUAAUACAGUUUAUGCUCACCAAUAUCCCCUCCCUCCUUUCUCCGGUUCGCGUAGAGAAGUUACUCUGUACAAAGAUGGGAGCCAAGGCCCUACUGUGCUUACCAGAUUCAGCUCGACCGCAUUAUGAACACCUGGUUUCCAGGCCGCCGCUGUUGCUUGAGCAGCUGCUGAUGAACAUGAAGGUGGAAUGGGCAGCCAAAGUGUUCCAGAGAAUUCAGAUCGACCUAAGUUGCAUGGAGGACGUUGAAAGCCUUGGUAAUCACGGGUGCACAGUGAAGGCGUUUGACGAAUUAUUAAGCACUUACUCCGCCAAGGCGCUGGAAUUUCAAGUUGUGCAGACGGAGAAAAGUCAGACUAAGGAAAUGUGCAGUAGUAUUAUGCAGAGUCUGAUCCAGGCUCCCUCGUCCUCACCAAGCACCCCUGUAAGCUUCCUGGAGUCCGGUCGUUACACCCCUGUUACCUCCGUUUUUGGGACCCGGGAUACAACGGUUGGGAACGUGGAGAGGAAAGUACAAACCGCUCCCAGAAGAAAGAUUUCUUACGAAUCACGAUCAGUCACUCUCCAGAAGAAAACAGCUUCCUCGCGCGCCACUGGAAGUCUGGGAACAAGGAGGUCAGCAUAUAUUCCACCUGUUGUUCCACCAAAGAUGGAGGACUGGAUGCCAGAUCAGCAAGUAUCAUUAUGUGUCAUUUGCCAAGAGAGGUUUAGCAUGUUCAAUCGCCGUCAUCACUGCCGACGCUGUGGUCGCGUCGUGUGCGGGACAUGUUCUCAACACAAUCACGUUGUUGAGGGAUACGGGAAGAAUCCCGUGCGAGUGUGCGGUGUUUGUCAUGAAUACUUCUUCACCAACAGUUCUUCUCAAGAGGACCUUAGCACAUCAGUUCACUCAGAGUCAGCUUCACUCGGACCGGGACGUAGUUCCCAAGAGCAUACAGUGGGUAGUGGUCCAGAUAAUGUUUCAAGGAGUUAUCUUGAGGAAACUACUUCGUUGAGCUACCUUACAGAAGACAUGAAUGCAAAAUGUCUCUGGAAACUAGGUUUAGACGAGGAAACCAACUCUUCAUUAAGAGACGAGUUCUACUAUGAACAGGCCCCAAGUGCCUCCUUGUGUGUGUCGAUAUUGGACCUUCACAGUGACGUCAAAGCCUGUGGCAAGCUUAUUCUGGACCUCUGUAAUUCGCUCUCUCAAAAGUUGGUCCCAGUGGCUCCAGGUAUCAGUAAUGAGGAGUUGGAUCCUUACCUGCUCAUAAGUAUGAUACGUUAUCUGCUGUUUAACGCCAAACUCAAGAUGAUGAAGACCGGAGAGACUCAAGGCGUGGAACUUUGUGAUACGUACCUUGGUCACGUGGACUUAAUGAAGUUUUUAGUGGAGUCUAACUGUGGUGAUAUUCCUUCACUGCGAGAUCUCAUGCGUCAAGAUUCAGCAAGGCGUCUUCGUGACCGUUUCAUUGAAGCAGAGCGACUUUCACUAGCCAUGGAAGUUUCCACAAAGUGCGGCCUUGAUCCCUCAGGGGUGUGGGGCGCAGCAGGUUUUGCUCUUCUCCAGGCUGGAGAUUUCACCGGGGCUAGAGAAAAGUUUUCCCGUUGCAUGAAGCCUGAAGAGGGAGGGAAACAACAACAGCAGUAUAACUCGCAAUAUCUGGAAAAGAUCAUUGAAAUCUUACAGUCAUCUCCAUUACUAGCCUAUAGACAGUCCACAGAUGAUCUCAUGUCUCCGUUCCUUGGACUAUUGGAACACGGUCGAAAUUUCCAAAGAGGUGAUUCAUACCUAGAUCCCAAACGGUUCGACGAGUGCUUGCAUUAUCUCCACACGUACGGUAGCCCAUCAUCCCUUGUGGCGUUCUACGUCAGACACGGACAUCUAAAGCUGGCUUGCAGAUACAUCUUGGACCAGCAAUGUUCCGUAGAGGUAUUUAUCGAAAGUUUGUUUAUGCGCCUCGUGAUUAAAGGCAAAUUUGCGCUGCUGAAGGAACAGAUGGAAAUUACAGAUCCGACUCUACAAGCGUGGAUGCCUUAUUUGACCGCAGCUUGCAAGUUUUUACUUCGAAGAAGUUUUCACAAUCUGUUAUAUGAAGUGCAGGUGUUUAUGAGGGAUUUCUUUCGCGCCGCUCAAACUUGUAUCCGAUUUUAUGAAGGAGUGGCUGGAGGCUCUGUAACGUCCUACGAGGACUUGUACUCAAGACUGCACUACCUCGAGGAAGCCAAACAGCACAUUGAAACUGUAAUCGCCGAAAAAAAAUCUCCCAAGGGAACGUUAAACACAGUGUUUGCGUAUUUACGCCAGCGUAGCACGGGCAGUGUAAAGAGUGUGACUGAAGAACCAUCUCACUUUGCCAUGUCACUGUCGGAGUUGAACAGUCACUUGAACACAAUCAAUUUACAGAUAGAGGUCACUAAUUUCAUGCACCAGUGUGCGGUAGAAAGAGGAGGACCCGGCAUGCUACGGGCCAGUGAAGGGAGUCGUCUGCCUACCUUAUUCGGAAAUGGACAUGUGAGAGGAGACAUGGUCGUGCAGGUUCUUCUUGCUGGAACAUCAAUUCAAGAUGGUUUUAGUUUGGCGAGUCGGAUAAUUCAGGAUUAUAACCUUCCGGCGGCUCGUGUUUACGUAGACACUGGCCGCUCGCUGGCUCGACAAUACAAGUAUUCACUCAUUGAGGAACUUCUGCAUUUCUCAGGAGAGACUGGACAAGUAACAGAUAAAUGCCACGACGACAUCAUUUUGGCAUGCGUCAGCAUCGUGGCUGCUGACCAAAGUCAGGCAAAGUACCUGGAAGGACUGAUAAAACAUUUAAAGACCGACAUCAACAAGAUAAGCGCUUUCAUCAUGUGCGGCAAGCUGAAAUCCGCCUACCUAAUCGCUGUCCAAGGUAAUCGUGUGGACGCCAUUCGAGAAAUCGCCGAUGUGGCGGAGAAAUCAGGUCAAAGCAAAAUGGUGGAGAUAUGUUGCAAGUUUUUGACACAGUACGAGAAGCAGAGGGCUGCCACGGAGCGCCGAACUGCUGUACAACGAAAACACGGGGCAGAAUCAAACAGAUAACGCCCAACCGGACGAUUUGGUGAUGCUGUGACCCAUGCCAUGGGGAAUGAGGAGAGUUUUCGACUGAUUGUUUUGACCCCCUCCCCUGUCUUAGAAAAUGGCAAAGCAAAGGAAAUGAUGGAAAUUACCAAACAAUUAGACAUAACAACCAAGGAAACAUAACGUAUCAUGUUUGGCUCGAAAUUCUAGAAAAUCGUUUCGAUCAAUAUAGGGAAAAGUUAUUAAAAAGUAGGCAAAUUUUGUACAAGUAUUUUUUCAUUGAAAAAUGGGCAUUAAACUAGAAAAUUAUGAAAUGAGAGACAUUGAAAAAUUUAUAUUCGUAUAUUUAUUUCAGCUGAUCUGUAGACCUUCGGUCACAUAUGGAAUUCAAAGUGUAUUCAAUAAAUUGUGCAAACCAUCUAUUGAAGUUAAAUUCCUGGUUAUAGUUUGUCAGAAUUUUUUCGUUACUCAUCUCUUAUAUCCAUCACGACAAAAAGUGAAUUCGUUUUAAUGAAGAAGGAAACAAUUGCCGAGGCAGCAAUUAAGGUGAACAGGAGAAGUGGUAGCUCUCGUCCAAAGAGGUUUUUCAGUUUCGUAAAUAAAAAUUAAUGCAGAGAAUAAAAUGGCUGUAAUUCUGAUGACAAGUAGUUUCACAGUCGAAGCGGGAUUUAGUGGUGAGAGGAGGGGGCCUCGGCCUACCCACCCAGCCACCCACCCAGCCUUAUUUUGUGUGUUGUUAUGCACUGAAACUGUUUUUAUUUCUUUUUUGUGUGAGUUCGUUUAGGAUUUUAGUUUUGUUUAUUUGUUUGCUUAUUUUAUUUUGUCAAGUUUUCCUCAUUUCUGAUAUAUUUCGUGUUGAUAUAUAUAUAUAUGAUCAACCCCGACAAUUUUAAAGCUCCUUAGUGGAUAACCUGAAAAAAAUUCGCGCUAAACUUCAAAUGUGACAGGCGUUCUUCUAUGUAGUAACGAGGAACGCUGGAAUUGAACAUUAUCCAGCGGUGUGCUGUGCUGCAUUAUCAGGAGAGUAUGUUCACAAAGAUGGGUGGAAGAGUAGGGGGCUCACGCUCUCGCCACAGUGAUGUUAGUUAAGAAAUUUUCUGGAUCCGUCCCAGCAAAUAUAACUACUAGUUACGUCUGAAGACACCCCUAUUUUUUCAGAGGAUUGGGGCAAAGGGUUUUGUUCUCUCGUUCCCCUUCCCCCGAAACAGCCACCGAAAACUGUAGUGGACCUUAAGUUUGUGAAGUGUAUGGACUUCAUAUAAACAAAUCCAAACUAAAAUAAAAUAAUUAUCAAUUUGAGUGAACUGGAGUAAACCUUUCUGUUGCGCAGUAGUGUAACACAGUUGA